CGAACUCCAUUUUGUGAAGACUGUUGAAGCAGAGGGUCGUUCCUGUGACGAGGCGAAACCCAUAAACGACACAAAAAAGACUAAAUUAGCCUUCGAACCGCUCGUUUAUCAAGUUAUCAUCCGAAAGGAAAGUAAAUCUUAUCGUAUGUCCGGUAUCCAGAACCUUCAUACUUUUGACCCCUUUGCUGAUGCAAGUAAGGGUGAUGACCGCCUCCCAGCCGGGACAGACGAUUACAUCCACAUAAGAAUCCAACAGCGGAACGGCAGGAAGACCCUCACCACUGUUCAGGGCAUUGCACCUGACUAUGACAAGAAGAAGCUAGUCAAGGCCUUCAAGAAGAAGUUUGCGUGCAAUGGUACAGUGAUUGAGCAUCCAGAGUAUGGUGAAGUGAUCCAGCUUCAGGGUGACCAGCGUAAGAAUAUCUGCUGUUUCAUCAUGGAGGUUGGCCUGGCCAAGGAGGAGCAGCUCAAAGUCCACGGUUUCUAGAGGCCAGCAGCCCCCUCCCACGCCUCUCCUGGAAGGCCAUUAAACACCCCCCUCCUCCUCCUCUUCCUUCUCUCCUCCUCCUCUCCUAUGUGCUGCUGUUGCUCUUCCUGUCCCCCCUUGCAGCCCCACCAGCUCCUAUUAGCUAACACGUGAAUUACCUCUGACAAACAUGGGACUCUUUGACACCAACACCUCCCUACAACACCAGGGGGCAGGCUCGCUCUCACAUAGACACGCCACUGCAGCUCCACACAACAUCAGGGAUGAGUGGUGAUGACCCUCCAACACACACUUCCUCCUUCCCUUUCCCCCUCAGUUAAUUUCCUUUUUUUAAUUUUUCUUUUAGGUUCUUGUGCCACAGUACGGAGGCACCGUUUUGUGUAACUUUUUUGUUUUGUACUUAAAGGUGUUUAAAUAAAAUGGAUGUCCAUAUGUUGGAGUGGAGUGGUGUCAUGUGGAAUUGGGUGAGAGUUGGGUGUGAACAGAGAGGUCAUAUACUUAAAACCAGUAUGUGGCUUAAGUGGGUGAACUAAAAGGUAGAAAUUAUUCAGAUGGGAAGAGACGUAUUCUUUUUUUUAUUUUUAUGGAGUUUGCCAACUUCCCUAUUUUAAGCUGCUUUAAUACCCCACUUUGCAUUGUUUUCAUGCCCAGCUUCCUGCUUUCAGGUUAGAGAGCAGCGUCUGUAAAGUUCAAUCUCCACCAUCCUGUCCAGCAAACUGUGCUUCUGCUCUUAUUUAUGGCACAUUUUAUAAAUCGUUUUAUUUGCUGCCAAUUCAAGUAUUAACAUAGAAUGGGGGUUCAGAGACGGUCUCACUUUGGUCAAACUGAGGCCUGUUAUGCAGCCUAUGCUUAUGGACACUUGAAUUUUUAAUUUACAGUACUGUAAUGCAAUAAUUUAUAAAUGUCAGUUAAGAUGGAGUUAUGCUAAAGUAAUACAAUAACGAUCAAAGCCAUGGCCAGGCCACACUGUGCUCCUGUGACUGACGGUGAUGGAGAGCAAGCCUGUUUUGAAAAUUCCAUAUUUGGUUCAAUAAAAUUCUGUAGUUGAUAA